AUGGCUCAACUCCUUGAAGAUGUCGCCCUCAAGGGGAAGAUUGAGGCCAUGACGGAAGAGAACAAGCACCUAAAUGAUCAGAAUGACGAGCUUGACCCUAUUUGUCUCGACACCCUCAGCAGGCGGCCCUGGUUCGCCAUGGACUCGAAGCGUGUCCGUGACGAAGGCCUUUUCUACUCGGCGCUCGCGAACUUCCUGUUUAGAAACCCCGGCCGACAGGAUCUGAUCAGCCCGGAGACCAUCGGCGACAUCGCCGCCCGCUGGAAGAUGGGUUCGCCUCUGACCAUCGAGCACAUCGAGCCGGGCCACCCGUCGUACAGGAAGCCCACCAUCCUGACUAUGGGGUGCUUUGCGCUGAGGAGAUCGAACAAGGUUAUGUUUGUUCACACCGUCGUGCUCUUGAUGUUCUUGGAGAUCAUCCAAGCACAAAGCUUUGUGGAGGAGCAUGGGGGAGGGCAAGUGGCUCCAGCCGUUUAA